UAAGCCAGUGGGAGGGCCCAGGCCUGAAUCCUGUCAGACAUUUUGUUGCAGUGAAGAGGAACAUUAGUCUAUAAGGAGAGGCAGGAGAUAUAGGGAGACAUCACAAUGAGUCUGGAUUCCCUGCUCCAGUACAUUUUGCUGACAGAACAGCAGGCCUCUGAGAUGAACCGACACCUACGAGAGGUGAAAUCAGAAAUUCACAGGUGUCAGGAAAAAGUAAGAAGUCUCACAGGGAGGCUUGAAGAGGCAAAGGCAACGCUGGAGACCAAGGUUCAGCUUCUUGCCGAGAAACAAUGCGAGCGACUCCUUUUGAAGAAGCACCGGGAUGUAUUAGAAUCUCAAAAGGAAGAUCUGCUGAAAGAGAAAGAGAAACUUUUAACCAUGCAUGAAGGGAUAAAGAAGGAAAUGGCUGAAGAAGAGGAAAAGUUCAUAAAAGAAGUUAUGGAGUUUAACAAUAACUAUGGGCUGACAAGUAACAGAGACCUGCUGCUCAGAGAACAAGCCAAAGCUGAGAUGGAGCAGCUAGACAUGGAGGCAGAGGCACUAAUGAGUGAAAUAGAAUCCUUGAAACAUGAAAGUUUCCAUGUAAAGGCUCUACAAGUUCAGAAGAAGACACUCAGCGAUAAUCUGGCGCAACUACAAAACACUCUGAAAGAUGUUGAAGACAAGCUCUGUGAAGCCGUUGAGACCACAGAGAGACUGAAAGCAGAAAAGCUCUUGGCCAGCCAGAAGCCUCAGUCAGAUGCAGAGUGUUUAAGGCUGAAAAAAGAACUGGAGUCGUACAGCAGUGACGAUUCUGAGGCUGUGUAUGAAGCGCUGCGGCUGGAGAUAGAUUUCUUACAGACGAAAAUAUCCCAGCAGUGAAUGCCAUGUGUUUGGCAAAAUGAUCCUGUGCUGAACUGUACCUCUCUGCAGUUUGAUAUGAAGCUGAUUACAUUCCAGGACUGGAUCUGUCUGGUGACUUGGAUUUGCAGAAGUUACUGUAACUCUUAAUCCAUUGCUAGUUUGUAUAAUAUAACAAGCUGCAUAUUGUUCAGCUUCAAAGAUAUGAAAUGUUACUUUCAUCAGUAAAGGUAAUUUACGUUA